AUGAACCUGUCCUUUUACCGCCUCCACCGAUGCUUACAACAGCAUAAUUUGCGAUCCGUGAUCCCCAAGUCGCGGUUGACUUAUGCUGCUACAUCAAGGGCCUUCUCAUCGGACAGCGAUAAUGAGCAGAGGAAGCAGGUGGUUGUUUUAGGGACCGGUUGGUCGUCGUUAUAUUUUGUGAAGAAUCUCGAUCUCACGAAGUUUGAUCUAACCGUAGUAUCGCCGAGGAACUAUUUCACGUUUACCCCGCUCCUACCGAAGCUUUCAGCCGGUAAAAUCACACCGGUAACAUGUACGGAACCUUUUGCGGCAUAUAUGCAAAAGCACAAGCGUGGUAACUUCAAGUUCGUACAUGCCAGGUGUCUGGAUGUCAGGCCAGAUGAGCACUCUGUGGAUUGCGUGUCAGUACGCGACGCAGAGAGAAAACUAUCGCUACCCUAUGAUUACCUCGUUGUUGCUGUAGGCGCCGAAUCGAACACUUUCUCCAUCCCCGGCGUGGAGGAGAAUGCCUAUUUUCUGAAGGAGGUGGAGCAUGCGGAAUCCAUUUACCAGAAAAUAGUCUCGAACUUUGAAGAAGCGUCUCUGCCGAGCACAAGCGACGAUGACAAAAGGCGUUUGCUUCACAUGAUUAUUGUUGGAGGUGGGCCGACAGGCGUGGAAACGACGGGAGAGGUGGCACUGCUAUUCAACAAAUACAUGGCCAGAACAUUCCCUUCCCUGGCUCGAUUCGCUAAAGUCACCAUAGUGGAAGGUGGGCAGCGAUUGCUAGCAACUUUCGGUGCCGGCAACUCGAAAUUCACGGACCGUGUUUUGCGGAAGAAUAACGUCAAUGUGAUGUUGGGAAAGCAAGUCUGUGCUGUCGGAAAAGACGAUUGCACAGUACGGGAUGUUGUCACGGGAGAGACUGAACGACUACAGUGUGGUUUGGUUGUCUGGGCAAGCGGUUUGAAGCCAUCUGACGUUGUUCUACAGAUCCAAAAACACUUUGAAGAACAGAACAACCCGCGUGCGCUUUUGGUGGACCAAUACCUCGCCCUGAGAGGCAGUACAGAUCGCAGCAUAUUUGCACUCGGUGAUUGUUGCAAGGUAACUCCCGACAAGCUUGCCGACAGCAUCGAUGAUGUGGUUAAGAGCAUUGGUAAUAUGGACAUCAACACCCUGCUUCGCUCCCGCAAAGAGUUGGGUAAACGGUUCCCGCAGAUGGCGUCCAACAAGUUGAAUACAAGUGACCGAGCCUUUAAAGAAUUGUGCAAAAAAGUAAAACGCAGUAGUGGAACUGAUCGGGAAAAGCUUUUAGAAAUUAUGGAACACAUAGACAAAAACUACGCAGCUCCAUUUCCAACGGCGCAAAAUGCGAAACAAGAAAGCUUAUACCUAGCCGAAGCUUUCAACCGUGAGUUCACCGCGUCCGACUCCCGUGCUUUCAACGAGGAAUGGAAGGGUUCGUUGGCAUCUAUCGGUGGCAGGAACGUAGUGGGCCAUUUUCCAUAUUUCCAGCUAAAUGGUGGCAUUAUUACACUCAUUUUGUGGUUGGUUGUUUACAUUAGGAUGUUCUCCAGCAACAAAAUGAGAUUGUCAUACAUAGCUGACGCCGUGAUUCAGAAAUUUUGCGGUAGACAUAUAAUUAGCAAACAAUCGGAAAACAAUAAGCGCUAA